AAGUUGCAUUGCUUUGGCGUGGCUGUAAAGAAAUAGACGCGCAUCAGCUAGUGGGGCGAACCUCUGCUAUGGCUGAGACCCACAGCUUACAGGACCUCCAGCAACCAGCUGUGUCCUCCAAGGUGUUCAUCCAAAGAGACUACAGCUCAGGCACCAUAUGCAAGUUCCAGACGAAGUUCCCCUCAGAGCUUGAGUCAAGGAUCGAUAAGCAGCAGUUUGAGGAGACCAUUCAGACGCUAAACAACCUGUAUGCAGAAGCAGAAAAACUCGGGGGGAAGUCCUACCUGGAGGGCUGUCUGGCUUGCCUAACGGCCUACACCAUCUUCCUCUGCAUGGAAACACAUUAUGAAAAGGUGUUAAAGAAGAUUGCCAGAUACAUUAAGGACCAGAAUGAGAAGAUCUAUGCUCCGAGAGGCUUACUGCUGACUGACCCCAUAGAGAGAGGCCUCCGAGUUGUUGAAAUUACCAUCUUUGAAGACAGAAGUAUUGGCUCUGGAAGAUAAAAGAAUCCAUUCAGGUGCAGCUUUGAUAAAGAUUUGACUUCGCUCCACUGUGUUGUUCAUUCCUAUUGUUAAGGAAAUCUUUAUAAUUCAACUGCAUAAUAUAAAAUAAGCCAAGACAACACUAGAAAUGUGAUUUACUUUCAGUUGUAACAGGGUUCUCUCUCUCUAUCUAUCUAUAUAUAUAUCUCUCCCUCUCUCUAUUGCUCUACUCUGUAGGUUGAAGACUCCUUAUCUGUCUGACAGCACAUAAUCAGAGUCCCGCUUCACCUAAAUGUUGUAUAGAAUUUUGAUCUGAUCCUCUUUUUUUCCCUGUUAUUUAUAAGUGCUCUACUGUCUGCCUAACCUUAUAUGUUUAUAAAUGUCUUCAUGUCUUUUUAUACUCAUCAUGACCUUAGUUGAUAAAGACCAGUCUCUUAUGAAUUGUGCCAUUGUGUUAAAUGCCAUUUUUGAUUAUGGUAGUUUUGUGUGAUUUGACUUGUGUGUUUUAUAAAAGACAUAAAGUUAAAAAAAAAAAAAACCCUCAAAAAACAUUACUGCUGUAGAAACAGGUUGGGAUGGAGUUGUUGGUAUGGUUUUGGGUAGUUCUUCACACAGUGUGUUUAGCCACAUUACGGUUGUUGGCAUUGAUGAUGCAGAUGUUCUAUCCGUGUAUGAAUGUCACCUUUUUUCUUGUGCUGGAGCAGAUCAUGUCUUUUUCACACUUGCAUAUUGGGAUUUGUGAGCUGGAGUUGGGUGACUUCCAAGAUGGAGCAUGUUUACCUUUUUAAUAAGAUCACUUCAAUAGUAACAUGUCCUUCUCCUUCACUAAAAUCUUCCUGAAUCAUGCUCAUCAGCCCUACAUGUUUGUCAAACUUCCCCUUGUUCACAAUCACCAAACAGUCCGUGAUUGCUGUAUAUGGUGUUUGGACAACUGGUCUACUUUUCUUACAAUUAUUAUGGUUUAUCUAAAUAAAUAAUAAUUUCCUGAAAA